AUGGCGGGAACACAAUCGCUAGCUACUUCUUUGCCAAUCGCUCACUACUACAUCCUCGCGAACCCUUCCAUCAUGACGCGCUUGAGAAAAGAGCCCGAAGAAAACCCAUUAGGAACCCUGGAAGAACUGGAUCGGCUGCCGUAUCUGGACGCCGUGCAGAUGGAGGCCUUUCGGCUCGAUUUUGGGCUCACCUUGAUACAACAAACAGAUGAAGAUAUCUUCCCUGACCCGUGGACCUUUAGGCCGGAAAGAUGGCUCGGCGAAGUGGGUUCCGCGCGCCGCAAGUACUUCUUGUCAUUUAACAAGAGUUUGAGACGGUGCUUGGACAUUAAUCUGGCAAAGGCAGAGCUGUGUAUGGACCUUGCAGUGGCAGCCCUUUGGGACAUAUAUCUCUACAAAACAGACGACAGCGACGUAACAUUCUUGUACGAUUACUUUGUCGACACCCAAGCUAGACUCAAAUGUCAUCAGAGUCAAAGUUCAUGGUAG